GAUAACUGGGUCAUGGCGUCCUUGCUUUUAGGGCGGCAGUAUUUAACGAGAUCCGUUUCACUUCAGCUUUGGUGAUUAGACCAGUUCAUACAGCCUAGAAAAAGGCGACCGACAGAGUCAAAGAAACAGAAUUUUAAAAAAAAUUCGACAGAAUUCAGAAGAUGAGAUUGCUAAUUUCUUGCUUCAGUUUCUUCUUUCUUUUUGCAAAGGAAGGUAUGGGAUACCCAGUUCUGUCCACUGUGAUCUGUGACCCGAUAGAUUUUUUAUUUCUGGUUGAUACGACGACCACCACUGGACAGUCUAACUCUUACAGGUACAUCAAAAGUUUUCUGAAACAGGUCAUCGUUACCCAUCACAGUAGCCCAGUACCACUGGACACCCGAGUUGUGAUCAUCGUAACUAGGGAGAGUUUAUACACGGAGUUCAAACUGCGUAGUUACACGUCUGUGUACAAGGCAAUGAGAGCAGUAGAUUUGAUCAGAUUCAAUAGAUGGGGCAGAGUGGCAGAUCCAUACAAAACUUUAUCUACCUAUGGAUUGAGAGAAGAAUCGACCAAAACAGUCGUCGUUGUGACGGAUGGAGAGUCGAGAUAUUGCCCGAGAACCUCAGAAGCCAUCAGAGUAGUUAAAAGGCAAGGUCUGAAGGUAUUCGCUAUUGGAGUUGGUUCUAACACUAAGAGAAGCGUACUUGAAAGCGUGGCUUCUUCACCAAGCUAUCAAUUUGCCUUUAUAUCCAGAAACUUCGAUUCGCCAAGAUGCGUCAAGAUAAUAUUAGCUUGGACUAGACCAACAUGCAAAGUUAUAAGAAGCAUUGAAACAACGAGUUUGACCAACGUGUACCCAAAAUACACAAGAGUGAUUCUUUUCAGGACAUCUACAAGUGCCUCCACGUUUUCGAAAUUAACCAAGAACAACGUAUUUAAGACAACUAAAAUACCUCUUGAAGUAUCUACAUCCAAACCCCUUACUAAAGUGACCUCAAAAGGUCCGAGAGUCAACGAUACAACAAGUUUGACCAGAGUGUACCCAAAAUACACAACGAUAACUCCUUUUAGGACCUCUUCAAGAGCGUCGACGUUUGAGAAAAUCACGAAGAGUAAAAAUAACGUAGAUGAAAGUACGACGUCUUAUAAAUUGCUUUCAACAACAGCCUUUACUGAAGUGACCUCAACUAAUACGACAGAAGAUGAAAGAAAUACAUCAGCAAUAGUAACAAAGAGUAAAGUAGAUGAAACCACUACAUCUUUUGAAACGCCUUCAACAACAGCCUUUAGUGAAGUGGCCUCAACUAAUACGACAGAAGAUGAAAGAAAUACAUUUGCAAUAGUAACAAUGAGUAAAGUAGAUGAAACCACUACAUCUUUUGAAACGCCUUCAACAGCAGCCUUUACUGAAGUGACUUCAUCUAAUACGACAGAAGAUGAAAGAAAUACAUUUGCAAUAGUAACAAAGGUUAAAGUAGAUGAAACCACUACAUCAUUUGAAACGCCUUCAACAGCAGCCUUUACUGAAGUGACUUCAUCUAAUACGACAGAAGAUGAAAGAAAUACAUUUGCAAUAGUAACAAAGGUUAAAGUAGAUGAAACCACUACAUCAUUUGAAACGCCUUCAACAGCAGCCUUUACUGAAGUGACUUCAUCUAAUACGACAGAAGAUGAAAGAAAUACAUCAAUAAUAGUAACAAAGGUUAAAGUAGAUGAAACCACUACAUCUUUUGAAACGCCUUCCACCACAUCACUUACGAAAGUGACUUCAACUGACAAGACUAAAGUUAUAGAAACCACAAGUGAAGACUACUUCUACGUAGAACCAAACUAAUGUUAUAUCCAGUACUUGUACAUAUAUGACUUCAACUGCUCUAUUAUAUAUCGAAUUCUUUGAAACGUUUAUAAUAUAACUAUGUACGUAUUCUCUUUUCCUAAGAUUCUAAACCACACUGUUCAUUCGACUUUACUGAAAGAGACUCUAUUUUUAGUACGCAUAGAACAAUCUAUAUAGGCCUAUAUCUAUAUAGGUCUGUUAUCAGAUCAUUCUUGGAUACGAUUGUGUUUCCGUGUUCCAGUCUAGGUCUACUAUCUAGGGGAAAGGACCAAUGGCGAACGCUUUUGUGCCAGUUUUUAGUUUAGAAUUUAUAACUCCGCAAUGGUUAAACUUAUUUAAAAAAUGAAAACAUCUUCGGACUCCUCAGCUAUUGGGCGAUAGAACUAAAUUUGAGUCUUUUUUCCAUAUCAGAUAUUAAAUUUAUAAUUCAAGUCAACUUGUGGUAGGGGCCGAUCUAAUCUGCGAACGUAAUUUUUUGCGAAAGUUAUAAUGAGCAAAAGGCGUAAAAAAAAUAGCGAAAUAGCUUGUUAUAGGCAUGUUAAAAUAGAGGAAAUUAAGCUUCCAUUAGUUCUAUCAUGUAAUUUCUUUCAUGAAGCAUUAUAACUAUUGUCCUCCUUGUUGCAUUAAAUUUGUUUUCACUCUUCCCAUGAUCCACAUCUCCUUUCUCUGCUUGGAACUGAUGUCGAUAUAUAGCCUGCUACGAAACUUGUGAUCAAAUAUUUCUUUUAAAGAAAGAAAGAAACUACAAAAUUCUAUCUCGCCUCCUCCCUAUAGGAGGCUAGUCCACGUCGUUUUACUCUCCAUGUCAUAAACUCUUGUUACUGCGGGUAUUUUAGAACACAUGUUCAGUGCAUUUAAUCACCAUCAACUCGAUCUCACAUGCAGUCCCCCCCCCCACACACACACACAGACACGCGCGCGCUGUUUGACCCAAAGGCAGAUCCCAAAUGCGAUGGAUUGAUGAUGUAUGGAAAGCAGAUCUACAACAGCUUGGGUUUCGGGCGUGGAGACGAAAGGCUCAGGAGAGAUCUGAAUGUAGGGAUGUGUUGAAGCAGGCCAGAGCACGGGCUGGAGCGCUACUAGGAUAGAUAGACAGAAUUGAAGUCCACAGCAGCACUUGCAACACUCAAAACAAUCUUGAAAGAAAAAAGCCUAGGGCUAAAUUUGUUCACUAAAUCAGACUGAUGCAAUCCUUAUAGUCAUGCCCAUAUUUGUAUAAUUCUUGCGAGUCUUGGAAGCUAACUGCAGAAUUAGAGAGAAGACUCGUAUAUAGUAAUGGAACUGAGAUGCUAUACAAAGACCGCACCACAAACGAAGAGAUUAAAAACAAGAUCACGACAGCCAUUAAACCCGAUGAUGACCAGUUAACCACUAUAAUAAAAAUGAGUGGCCUAUUUAAAUGUACCCAGGCCUUGCAAAAACUUAAUUUUAAAAAAUGCAUUAAUUUCGGAAGAUGACCUAUAUUCGAUAAUGCACGUUUUUUGUUGCUUUUUUUUUUUUUUUUUUAUAGGUAUAGUAUAAAAAGGCUACGAAAGACAGUUUGUGUGGAAACACAAACUCAAAAUCGGCCCCCGAAGUGGUCCACCCAGGCAGGCUUCAAUAUUUUCAGAAAGAACAUCCAAAUGAAAUUAUAUCAAAGACAAAUGAGAGAUAGAAUGGAGAAAGAAUGUUAACAGAUCUUUUGUAGUGCCCCAACGGUACAGCAGAUCAAAGGAUAGGGGAAAGUGAAGUAAAGUUAGAUGUGAACCUGGCCUAACUAGUUCCCCUUUCAUACCUUGUGGUCUAUAGGGCAGAUGAUGUAAAGUUCAUCUGUUUUUCGUGGCCUACGGUUAACUAGGGUGUCAUGUAGUCAACACAACGACCAACCGCCUUUACUUUUCCCCAACUAAUGUCAGGUAUCCAUUAGAGCUGAGUGGACUCAGAGGCGCCCAAAGAUUCCAAAGUUGAAAAUCCCUGUCUUCACCAGGAUUCGAGCCCGCGACCUGGGUUCGGAAGCCAAGCGCUUUACCGCUCAGCCACCGUACCUCCCCUGGCCUAACUGAUGUCUUAUAAUUGAUUUAAUUGUUUUGAAAAGGCAUAAUCUCUUAUUCGAAUCCUAAAAAAAAAAAAAUAUAUUUCUGCAGCAUAUUAAAAAUUUCAGGAAAAUGAAGUUUACAAGAUUACUAUUCGUUUAAAAUUAGGUCUAACUUAUAAUGCAUACUAAUUAGCUUUUUCUCUUUAAAAAACUGCUUGCAUAACUGAUUUAAAAAAUUAGAUUUUCACUUUUAGAAAAAAAAAGUAGCCGUUGCAUCAGAACUUUGAAUGGUCUAAAAUAUUGUGAUGUCGGAUUUUCAAUAUCUUUUCUAGUUUAAGAGAUCAAAACGGGAUGGACGGACAGACGGACAGACAUUUCGCACAAAACUUAUAGCGUCUUUUCCCCUUUCGGGGGCCGCUAAAAAUAAUAGAAAAUAAUAGAAAAAUAACCAUACUUAUGAAAAUGAAUUCUGCACUUCGUUUAAACAUUUAUGUACAUAUUAAUAUCACUAAUUAGUAACAAGAGAUUAAAAAAAGGAGGACGGCAAAACUAAAUUAUCAUUAAUGGCUUUUUAGCUUAUUAUAGGAGUGUUCGUAGAAAAGUUUUUUAGUUAAAAAGUCAUUUUGAGCGAAAUUUUGUUUUCAACGGAAUGAAUAGCCUUGGCUAUUCUAGCUUACCAUUUCCUCAUCUAUUUAGAAGCAUAGUAUGGGAAUUUUUCUCGGCCGAUGUCCGUUGGUGCUUUAAAAUCGCCUUAUCAGGAAACGUUUUGACAAUGGAAAUUUCCAUACAUUUCAACUUCGACCUCUAGUUAUGCUUUAUUGUAUGAGGGAAAACGAAUGUGAAUAUGUGGGAAAUGUAGAAAAAUGGAGUCUUUGUAAUACCAUUUUAUUAUUUCUGCAGUUACUUUCGAAAUAAAUAAGAACUGAUAAAAAAUACGAGGAGGUGUUUACUUUAUAUGCCAUUUCGCUGAUGGGUCUUAUAGGACUAUGGUGGAUCGCUAUUUUUUUUAAUUCUUUUUUUUUUUUUUGUCGAGAUAACCAGCUGUACGUUUAAAAUAGUCCAAUUACUUGCACUUUACGUUUGAGCCAGACAAAGAGGCCUUAAAAUGUGUUGAACUUUUUGUUUAGUUUCAGUUGUGAUUGCAUGUUGUUUUUUAAUUUUAAAAACAUUACAAGAAAUACGAUUAUAAAUUAUUUAAUGACUUUGGUUCUUUUUAAAUAAAAAAGAAAACACUAAGUAUACUUAAGGCGUAUGUAGGUAAGUGAUGGCAGGAUUUUGUACAGGUUCCUACAGUAUUCGAAAGCUUUAAUAAAAAUUCACUUAUCAAUA